AACCACGUUGCAUCUACUUCCAAAGACAAAUUACUUUUUCUUUUUGUUCUUUUUUUUCUUUUUCUUGAAGCUACUGUCUACAGAGAGAUUCAAGAAGUGGUUUUUUUCUUUCUCUUUUCACUAAAUUGAAAAACAUGGAUAGUGAGAGAUUAGAUUACUGGUCUGAAUGGCAAGUUUAUGUAUGUGCUACAAUUCUGAUAAUACCUGCAAUUGUAGCUGUAGUUUUGAUUUGGAAAUCAAAGAAGGCUCCAUUGAGUGUUUAUGAUUCGUGGGUUUCUUGCUGGAAAUAUCUUAAUCCAAUUUGGAUUUUAAUUUAUAGAGCUUUGGUGGUUGCUAUCAUGACCUUCUUACUGUGUAAGACAGUUAUCAAUGAUGGUCCUUCAGAUUUCUAUUUCUACACUCAGUGGACUUUCACCUUGGUCCUCAUCUAUUUUGUGCUCGCAACCGUUGCAUCUGCGCAUGGAUGCUGGACUUGUUUAAAGACAACCACCAGCAGGAAUGAGCUAGGAAAUGGCUUCCUGAGAAGGGAUUUGGAAGGAAAUGAACCUAAUCAGUCAAGUACCGAAUCAAACAAAUUCUGGGAUGUUUCGAAAUUACAGAAGAUCCAUCAUGAACGAAAAGAGAUGGUGAAAACAGCUGGGUUUGGGGGUUAUCUGCUGCAAAUCAUUUAUCAGACUUCUGCAGGUGCUGCAGUGCUAACAGACAUUGUCUUUUGGUGCCUUCUCGUACCAUUUCCCUCCAGUGACAACUUUAAAGUUGACCUGAUCGCGGGGUGCAUGCAUUCUCUCAAUCUUGUGUUUCUUCUCCUCGACACCACUCUCAACAGUCGUCCAUUUCCUUAUUGGUUCGGCCUGGUCUAUUUCGUGAUUUGGAGCUGUUUAUACAUUGUUUUCCAGUGGGUUCUUCAUGCCUGUGGUGUAUUGACAUGGUGGCCUUACGCUUUUCUCAAGCUCUCAACCCCAUGGGCACCUCUCUGGUACUUAGCGAUGGCUCUGGUUCACAUCCCUUGUUACAGUUUUUACGCUCUGGUCGUGAAAGCGAAAAACUCUGCCUUCACAAAAAUAUUCCCCAAUGCGUUUGCGGGAUCAUCAUAACACGUUAGAUUGUUGAUCGCUCAAAUUUUGAAGUAAAUAUGAAUGGUUACUAAUUGAACUUGCACAUAGAAUUGGAAAAUGUGGAAACCCCCAUUGCAGCUGAGAACUUGUGGUCCAUCACUCAUUGUCCAGCUUUUUGUAAAGUUACUUAUUGAGUCUAUGAAGAACCUAAGAACUCAAAAGAACUCAAAAGUGCCCCAAGUAUUUUGGAGGUGGCAGAUAUAGAACUACUCCAAAAUGUUUGGUAAAGACUAUCCAUUGUGCUAUCAGGUAUUUUGAUGUUAUUGUUUCUUUUAUAAAGUCAAAAGUAUUAUUCAUAUGAAACACGAUUAGCUAUUAAAUAUAUAACGUGCUAUGAGUAACGACUUAACUAAUAUAAUUCAAAAACUGAUUGUUUUAUGUAAGUACUUGUUUCAAGAUUUA